AUGAGAGCUUCCAAAAGUAUCAGACCGUUAGCUCAGCGCUGGCCUCACUUUCACGAUCCACCGUUUGAGGAUGUUUCGGACACCCGAGUGGACAUAUUUAUCGGCUGUGAUGUACCCGAGGCGCAUUGGGUUCUGGACCAAAGGAUAGGAGGCCGUAGAGAUCCGUACGCCGUGCGCACGAUUUUCAGUUGGAUACUCUGCGGGCCACUCGGUANCAACUUCAUGUCGCAGCCAGAUAAUCCCAUAGGAGACGACCUGGAGCGGCUAUACAGCCACGAGUUCGGGGGCAUAGCAGAUGACCGGGUAUCUAUGUCGAGAGAAGACCGAUCAGCCAUGGCCACCGUCACCCAAAUGACACGACACAACGGAACCCAGUUUGAAGUGCCGUUAGCCUGA